UCGAGCUAGCGUCUAUAUGUCAUCUCUAAUGGUAGCUCUUCCUCUCUCCAGGGCAUUCUGUUUGGGUAAGCACGUUAGGUAUUCUCCUCCGAAUAAUACGCAUGAGAUUUGAUGCCCCUUCCUACAGCCUUGGAGUAUCAUUGUCCUGGACACCAGCCAUAGCACUGCCGUCUCAAUGGUUCAAAAAGAGACUCAGUCUCGUUUCGGGCAUCGCAAGCUCAGACACUGGCGUGAGCGGAGUGCUCUCCCUAAUAUGCCAAGCUCUAAUUGACCGCACGUCUAUUCGAUGGAAUCUCCGUCGCUUGAGUUUCAAGUUCCUGAGCCUAGUUGUGGGCCUGGUGGCCGUAGCGCUCGUGAGGCAACGUCACGCUGCUCGGAAGCACGUAGAAUACCGCAUUCUCGACCUAUCCUUAUUUCGCAUCCAGGGAUACGGAUUGUAUCUUGCUUUGUGCUCUGUGCAAUUCUUCUGGUCUGUAACCCCUGUUCUACAUACCCAGCUACUGCCUUGCGAUCGGAUUAUAGGCUCAGGAGUUCUGUCAGUCGCAACCGCCAUGAAUGCUGUGGGACACAUCAUGGCUGGUUCCUGGCUGACAGGGCCGGAACCGAUCAAAGUUCUGAUUGCAAUGCAUCUCCUGACGGCUCUGUCAUGCAUUGUUAUUUGGUUCUUCGCGAAGAGCAUCGGGGUUAUGAUUGUCUUCGCGUUCUUCUGGGGUCUGUUGAGCGGACCUUAUUGGCCGCUUGGUGUACCAGCGUGUGCGAAGAUCGCUGGCAUGGAGAAGCUAGGAUCCGCCGUAGCCUCAUGGUCGUUAUCCCACCCAUCUCCUCAGUUCCGACGUCCACCGCCGCGCCAUAGUACGGGGUCUCGGAGGACUCGCGCGAGGCGUAAUGGUACCUCCGACAUUGUGUGGUGUACCCUUGUUACGACAGUGGCGUCCAUGCUGCUCAUACCAGUGCGUCUUCAUUUUGGUAGACAGCUUUGGCUGAAGGUAUCAGUACGUAUCUGACAGUAGUACCGAUAGCUUGCGCUCAUGCUAUUUUCGUUCUGCCGGGUGCAAUCCCAGUCAUAUCGCUCUUUCAUUA